AAUCACUGCUAGCAUGGGGCACGCCAGAAUAGCUGGGGGCGAGGCCAACCCUUUCCCCGCCAGAAUUGAAUUGAACCGAGAGUUGAGCAGCCCCAAGGCCCAUGUUUGACUCCAGUCACUCGCGCCCCUUAUAAGGCGACGGGAGUCAAGGUGGUUCUCGACCGCAUUGCUCACCAUGUCCGACGCCUUUCCCGCUCCUGCUCCACCUUCGCUUCCCACUUUUGCCAACCUCGGGGCCUCGCCGCCCAAGGAUCCUGACGUGCGAGCCAUUGGCACCGACUGGCUCACCGGCUUUGCCACUGCCGUCGACAGCCGCGAAGUCCACCGCCUCGUCUCCUCGUUCCUGCUCGCGGACCCGUGGUGGCGCGACGUCUUCGCGCUCACCUGGGAUCUCCGCACCUUUUAUGGCCGCGCCAAGGUCGAGACGUUCCUCAACGACCGUCUCGCCGAGGCCGGUUUCGGCAACGUCGCCUUCGCCGACGCCAUCUACCAGCCCGCCGGGGUCGACCUCGCGUGGAUCCUCGUUCACUUCACGUUCGAGACCACGGUUGCCCUCGGCAAGGGUGUCGCACGCCUCGUGUACUGCCCAGACGACUCGUGGCGCGCCGUCACGGUGUCGACGCACCUCGACGCGCUCAAGGGCCAUCCGGAGCUGACGAGCGCGGACCGCGACCCUCGAAUCAACCAGGGCGACUGGGCCGAGCGGAGGAGGAAGGAACUCGAAUUUGCGGACAAGGACCCUGAGGUGCUGGUCAUUGGCGGAGGCCAGGCAGGUCUUCAAACCGCAGCUCGGCUCAAACACCACAAGGUCAGUCAUCUGAUCAUCGAGAAGAACGCCCGCAUCGGGGACAACUGGAGGGCGCGCUACGAUUCCUUGACUCUUCAUGACCCCAUAUGGAGCAACCAUAUGGCGUACCUCCCGUUUCCCGUUUCUUGGCCCGUCUUUCCCUCAGCCAAAAAGUUGGCAGAUUGGCUAGAGUUCUACGCCGAAGCGCUAGAGCUCAACGUCUGGUUCUCCUCGGAGGCCAUCAGCGCAGUCCGCAACGAAAACACCAACAAGUGGGAUGUCGUCGUUCGUCGUGCGGAUGGCCUGGAGCGGACGAUGCAUGUUGACCACAUCGUGCUCGCGCACGGGUUCUUGUUCAAGAAGACGGUUUUCCCCGGCCAGGAUGACUUCAAGGGGCAGCUCUUGCACUCAAGUGAGUUCAAGACGGCGAAAGGCCUCGAGGGCAAGAAGGUGAUCAUCGUCGGCGCUUGUUCUUCGGGGCACGACAUCGCUUCCGACUGCGCAGACGAAGGUGUUGACGUGACCAUUAUACAGCGCAGCUCGACAUGCGUCAUGUCCCUCGAGAAAGGUGUUCUCACCACUCUGUCCCGGGCGGUAUGGGAAAAGGGAACGCUCGAGGAGGUGGACAACCACUGGGUAUCGACUCCCUUUCACUUCACGAAACCCCUCACGCAGCGCGUGAUGGCGUAUAUUCGGGGCCUGGACAAAGAGCUGCUCGACGGCCUCGACAAGGUUGGGUACAGACUGAACAACGGCCCGGACGACACCGGCGUGGCCUACUCUUUCGCCGAGCGUGGCGGCGGAUACUACAUCGACACCGGUGCCGGCCAGAAGAUCAUCGACGGGAAGAUCAAGGUCAAGUCCGGGUCUGAGGUGGCCAGGAUCACCGAGACAAGCGUCGUCUUCGAGGACGGCAGCGAGCUCCCUGCGGACGUCGUCGUCGUCGCUACCGGGUUCGACGACGCCCGCGCGCCGAUCCGCAAACUCGUCGGAGAGGACGUCGGGGCGCGAAUCCCGCCGAUCUGGGGGUUGAACGAGGAGCGCGAGCCCAGAGCAGUCUGGCGCGAGAUCGAGGGCCUGCCGAACAUGUGGAUCAUGAUGGGCAACAUUUUCCUGAGUCGCUAUUUCUCCAAGAGUGUAGCGUUGCAGAUCAAAGCGAAGCAGGAAGGGCUCUAUGGCACGCGCUAUGCGGCACUUGCGUCGUGAUGAUAUCAUCCAGCCGAGAUCUAGCACGACAGACUCUCUAUCUCUCAGAUAUGAGUAUAUGCUUAUGUCAUCUACGAAUAACUUGCAAGUUCUGGUGGCAGAGAAAGACAGGCACACCCAGAUUUCAAGUGACACAGCGCAUGCCGAGGAUCAACGACCAUGGUAGAUGCCUUACUACCCACAGUGUAUGAGGCAAAUGGCU